UAACUUCAGCGGUCGUGUGUUUUCGGAUCAGUACUUGAGUUAAUUAUUUUUAAAUCUUUUGAAUUAAAAAGCUUAUUGUUCAAAAGUGGUACCAAUUAUGAGCUAACAAGCUAUGGCUGAGUUUUCACAAUCAAUGUUCCUGGGGGAAAAUACCCUGGACCGAAUAGAAAAGCAAGCCACAAACAAACAGCGCAACAAACCGGAACAGCUUUCGACACCGCCCCCAUCAACUUCCGGAGCGGCCAACAGGCGAACGAUCCGUUCCAGUCAGGCCGUCAAACGCCACAGUAGCGAUGAGCAAGGACUAGAAGUGAUUGAAGAAUCGCCCACCAAUAACGCGACUCGGUUUGGUGGCAGUGGAGGGGACGUUACUCGCCAGAAAAGUGUCCGCGAGCGGUUGAAAACCAUCGGAACGCAGUCACGGUCGUCGCGAUCCCGGAAGGCUUUCCGCCGGAACAAGUCCGAUUCGGUCGUGUCGAAGGUGGGGGCGGCUGUGCUUCAGAGUUCGAAGGCAAGAAGUGAAAGUAGGGAUCAUCUGGAUAUGAUCGAUUCGGAACUGUUGAAGAGUGAUGUGUGCUUUAAUGGGCUGUCCGGGGUUCCCGUGGAGGAAGUGGAAGCGAAGGGAGCACAGAAGACGGAAAUAAACAUCUCGAAACUGUUGGAGUCGGAUUUGAGCUUUGAAGUGCCGAAACUAACCGGACAACAUAAUGGCCAGCGAAGCCCCCCGGAUGCCAAAGUAUCAAGAAGAAGCGAUGAGUUUGAGGACAUGUUCGGAAAUACAGAUUUUUCCGUGGAUUUACAUCCACGUAGCCAGAGUUUGGUAAACUCCUAUCGAGACUCAAAGCCCUACGAUAACAUGUUCGAGCAGAGUGCUUUUACCUUAGAAGUUCCGGAGGAACCGAAAGCAGCAGAACCGCAAAUGACGAGCCACUUCCGAGAAGCUGCUGAAGAUGAAGAGUUGAGAGAAUUCUCUGAGCUGCAAGAGUCGCUUCGCGUUGACCCGAACGAUUCGGAUCUCCAGAUUUCUUCAGAACGUUUGGAAAUCCCUUUGUCCAUCGAGAAUGUUACGUUUGCACAUUUACCUUCGGUGAAAGGUUUGGAAUUGGAACAACAAGAAAUGGAUAAGUUUGUAUCCAACAGAAUCGAGCAGUCCAGAUCUUCGAUGGUUCAAGUCCCAACAAAGCCUCAAUCUGGAAGUCUCAGCAAAACGCUUUCCAUGACGCAAAGUCACACUUUUCCGUCGCAGAUACCUUCCAAGCCAAGCACAGCAAACACUCGACCCGAGCCACCAUCCAACGGUUCAAUGUCCCUGGACUCGUCGAAAAAUCUUCGCCUGGUGUCGAACUGGGGUCUUCCGGAUCCCAUAGCGAAAGCUUACGCCAGAAAAGGCAUCACCGAGCUGUUCCAGUGGCAAGCGGACUGUCUUUCGAACGCCAAAGUGAUACUCGAGUGUGCCAAUCUGGUCUACAGUGCUCCCACUUCCGGUGGGAAGACCUUGGUCAGCGAAUUCCUGGUCGCCAAGACCGUGGUCGAGAGGAAGCGGAAGGCGAUCGUGAUUCUGCCGUUUGUGGCGGUGGCCCGGGAGAAGAUGUUUUACUUGCAGGAAAUCCUCUCACCAGCGGGAAUCCGCGUGGAAGGCUUCUUCGGUGGACACAAUCCUCCGGGCGGCUUCGACAGUGUCGACGUGGCCGUGUGUACGAUCGAGAAGGCCAAUUCGAUUGUCAAUCGCUUACUGGAGCAACGAAAGCUGGGAGACGUUGGACUGCUCGUGGUGGAUGAAAUCCAUCUGAUAUCGGAUUCGUCGCGGGGAUAUAUUCUGGAACUGUUGCUGACGAAGAUUCGUUUCGCGAGUGAAAGGCUGGGCGAGCGGAUUCAAGUGGUGGGGAUGUCGGCCACAUUGCCCAACAUGGAACUGCUGGUGGAGUGGUUAGGUGCGGAACAGUUUCGGACCGAUUAUCGUCCAAUUGAACUGAAAGAGAUGGUCAAGUUGGGAACUUGUGUGUUUGAUAAUCAGAAGAAGUUGCUGAGGAAGUUGGAUCCGGAUCCGUUUCAGGAGAUUAUGCGGGAUCAGGAUAACGUGGCUCAGCUUUGCUUGGAGACCAUUCUGGAGGGUUGUUCAGUGAUUGUGUUCUGUCCGUCCAAGGAUCGGUGCGAACAGUUGGCACUUCAUCUGGCCGAGUUCAUCUAUCGAACGUUGAAAAGUGAGGGAAACCUGGGUGAACGUUUGCGUCAGGAGAUACACCGGGACAAAUUGGAGGAGGCGUUAGGGUUGUUGAAGAACUGUCCAACCGGUUUAGAUGCAGUGUUGGGGAAAACUGCUCGUUAUGGAUGUGUGUAUCAUCAUGCAGGUCUUACGGCUGACGAAAGGGACAUCAUUGAAAGUUCUUUCAAAAGUGGAAACCUAAGGAUUAUUGUGGCAACCAGCACAUUGAGCAGUGGAGUCAAUUUACCGGCUAGGCGGGUUAUAAUCCGGACUCCUAUGUUUGGUGGAAGUGUAAUGAAUUCGUUGACCUAUCGGCAGAUGAUUGGAAGAGCUGGCCGAAAGGGUCGUGAUAUUCUCGGAGAAUCGAUCCUGAUGUGCGACGGACAAAGUUCUAAAGCGGCUUGGGAAUUGGUAAAAACGGAACUAAAACCCAUUGCUUCCUGUCUAGACGGAGAUGGCUACAGCCACCUGAAACGCGCCAUCCUGGAGAUCAUCGCUUCCGGAGUGGCGUCCAGCACUGCAGAUCUGGAAAGCUUCGUCAACUGUACGCUGUUCAGUUGUGAGAAAAAGUGCCGCUUCUCGUUUACCAUAGAUUCACUAGAACAAAACCAUCGGCAUGUGGCGUGGUCAAAGAAAGGCAAGUCAGAUACCAAUCAUGAGGAGAGGGACAGGAUCGAUCCCAUAGCGAACUGUGUCCGUUUCCUGCUAGAAUACGAAUUCAUCCGAAUGCAAACCAAUGUGGAAAGUGGCGAAACGUUGCUGGUUUCUACCCCGCUUGGUAAUGCAUGCCUGUCAGCUUCGAUGGCACCUCGAGAUGGAUUCCUGUUGUUCAGCGAGCUGCAGAAAUCUCGACAGUGUUUCGUACUAGAAUCCGAACUGCACGCCAUUUAUCUGGUGACGCCAUACUCCGUAAGCUAUCAGUGGCAGAACAUCAGCUGGGUAGAUUUUCUCGAGCGAUGGGAGAACAUGGACGCGGCAAUGAGACGGGUUGGUGAGCUGAUAGGCAUUCGAGAUGCCUUUUUGGUGAAGGGUUUGCGCGGUAAGAUCGGCGAAGCAGACCACGAAAGCCUCAUGACGCACAAACGUUUCUACACGGCUUUGGCAUUGAAGCGACUUGUCGACGAAGAACCACUAAGUGUGGUGGCCCAGCAAUUCCAGUGCUCUCGAGGAUUACUACAGAGUCUACAGCAGGUUGCGUCCACGUUUGCAGGUAUCGUCACUGCGUUCUGCACAUCGCUCAACUGGAAUUUGCUGGCGAUGAUCAUCACACAGUUCAGAGAACGCCUCUACUUCGGAGUACAGCCGGAUCUUCUCGACCUGAUGCGCAUAGCUAGUUUGAAUGGACAACGAGCCCGGUUGCUAUUCAAUGCCGGCGUGACUGGGCUCUUGGAGUUGGCCAACAGCGAUCCCCUUAAGAUAGAGCAAAUCUUGUACAAUUGUAUGAGCUUCGAAACGGAACAACAGCGCAAAGGCGAGGAAGAAUUUGAAACACGACGGAGACUCAAUCAGCGCAAUCUGUACGUGACGGGAAGAGCUGGUUUGACUGUUCAGGAAGCGGCCCACUUACUGGUGACGGAAGCUCGGCAAUAUAUACAGCUGGAGAUGGGUGUGCGUAAUCCGGAUUGGGAGGAAAACUCUGGGAGCAAGGAAGCAAAUGAAUCGCUUCCAAUGGAAAAGGUUGACAGCGAAAACCUAUUCACACCUGUACAAGCUGUUGUUCAAAUAAAAACGAAAGAAACGUCCGCGUCUGAACGACGCCAGCAAAUGCCCUCGGUAGUUUCUUUCGAAGUAUCGGAUCUGGACAGCAAUAGGGAAAUAGAGCAGCUCCACAAUUCACUUAUAAUGAACUUUUCGCACGUGUUGAGUGAUGAUAAAGUGCCAUCGCAACAGCUAGGUGGCGGUAAAUACGAAAGCUUGAACGUUGUAGAUCUUUGUGUCGAUGCAAGGUUAUUCGAGAAAUUUGCAGCUAUUUUAGAUCAAUCCGAUUCUGUUAGUGUUUCUUUUGCUAUUAGUCAGUUUGAUCGUUCCAAGUCAGUUAUUGGCGGUAAUUUGCUGAUCAACCAACAAGUGAAAACCAAUCAAGAUGAAAUUGUGCGGAACUAUCCUUUUCUGUUCGAUAACUUUUAUCUCAGUGGAGCUGCGUUCACGUUUCCGGAAGUUGGUGGAGAUGAUUCCGACAAUGUAGUUUAUUAUGUGAAUCUUCGAAAAAGCGGUGCAGUAAAAUGUGAUCAGAAGAUAUCGAUGGUUGGUAGAUUGUUGGAGCGAGAAAACGUCACCGUUGACAUGUACGAUGCCAAGGAACAGCUCAAGGCGAUAUAUCGAAGUGGACUGUUGUCUCUGGAGCAAGAAGUGAUUACUAGUCUUCGCGAUCCGAAGGUCGCCUGUUGGUUGUUACAAGCCGAGGAAAAGGUUAUUCCACUGCAAGCUAUGGUCCAGCAAUACUGUCCAGAACUUACCUCACUAUGUCAAAUGGCGGGUCGUUGCCCAGGAUCCACCGGACCAGGUUCAAACUACAUGAGCACGAUUGAUGCAAAAAUCAGAUGCACCGUAGAGAGCUUCCUCGUGUCACACCUGAUCCGCGCCCAGAUAGCUCAGUUCGAUCAACUGGAUCGAACGCAGGAAAUGCUGCCCACUUUUGUGCAGCGCGAAAUGCCCAUCCAUGGGGCACUGGCUCGGAUGGAACUGGUGGGAUUCCCAGCCGAUGCUAACAAAUUAGCUCACCUAAUCGAACGACUCAAGACGGCCCAAGAGCGGAUCAGUGAACGGGUUCGAACGUUGAACGGAGGCCGCCGGUUGAACUUUGCGUCCACCAGUGAAGUAGCCGCUGCUUUGAAAGUGCCCCGCGAACGGAACGGUAGGGUGAAAACCUGCCGUCAGGUGCUGGAAAAGAUUGAUUCCCCGCUGGCAACGUUGGUCAUUGCGUAUAGGAAAAUCGAGAGCAACCUUAGUCGGACGAUCGAACCACUGUACAGGGCAAUUAGGGAUGGGAAACGGAUCUAUGGUAACAGUUACUGCUUCACUUCUACUGGGAGAAUUUCCAUGCAUGAGCCCAAUUUGCAAACCGUCGUGAAGGAUUUCAGGGUUGAAAUUGACCCCGGUCAAGUCGAGGUGUUCAGCUGCCGAAGUACAUUCGCCUGUUCCGGUCCCGAUCGAAUUCUUCUAUCGGCGGAUUUCUGCCAGUUGGAGCUGUGCGUACUAACUCAUUUGUCUCAGGACCGGAAGCUCCUGGCAGUGAUGAAUGGUGGCAAGGACGUCUUUCGCGGGAUCGCCGCCAAAUGGAAUCGCAUCGAAGAUGAGGCCCUGGUGUCGGAUGAGUUGCGGAACUACACCAAAGCUAUCGUGUAUGGAGUGAUCUACGGAAUGGGCGCUAAAUCUAUGGCGGCGGAAUUGAACGUAGAUGAGGAUAUGGCCCGCACGCUGAUGGAGCAGUUUCACUCGACCUAUCCGGAAAUUCGCCGGUAUGCAGAUAAGGUGAUUCAGGUGACGAGAGAACGAGGCUACAUAGAAACACUCACCGGUAGAAGGCGCUAUCUUCCAGCGAUUCACAGCACUGAUAUGAAGAAACGGUCCGAAGCGGAACGCCAAGCUGUUUGCACGACGGUUCAGGGUUCGGCAGCGGACAUUCUGAAAAACGCCAUCCUGCGAAUGAUGCGCAAUUUGAGAAAGUAUCGUCAAACGCUUCGGCUUGGACAGGUUGAACUGGUGCUACAUAUGCACGAUGAACUGAUUUUCGAAGUGCCACGCGAUCAGUCUCGCAAGGUGGCGAAAAUUCUCAAAUCUAGUAUGGAAAACUGCGCGAAGCUCAGUUUGCCGCUGAGGGUAAAGGUCAAAAUGGGGGCCAGUUGGGGAGAAAUGCAGGAAACUCAAGUGUGAUAUGGAUGUGAGUUGUAAGACUGAACAAGUUGAUGCUGUUUUAGAUAGAAAA